UCUAUAGCGACAGCUUUCGACUUUUUCUUAGCUGUAACCCUCCUUACACUCUUUGCAUCAGCGUAUCCAGAUCGGUUUCGCACAGCACUGUGGCAAGAUGGCGGCACCCGUGGGCUAAACUCGAACCCAAAACUACGUGUCUACUUCUACGCAAACUACCGCGAGCCGCCUCCUAUUCCAUUGAUAUGGGAUGAAAUGAUAACUCGAUGCAAUCUCUGCAUCGCAAUUGUCACGGCGAUCAUCUGGGUUCUUCGUUUCUACAUUCGGGGACGCAUCCAGGACCCGUACGCGGCGGUAACAAUUAAUGCCAUAUACGACAUGCUGCUCGUUGCGCUGUGGCUCUACAGCGUUGCUUCGCAGAACUCAGGCGAUUUCACAGACAAUGAGCAUAUCAGUGUGAGACCAUGGUACCUUGAUCGUGGAUGCGACGAUGCAGGGAAAGGGUGUAGAGCAGGAUGCGAGGUCAUGAGGAUUGCGUAUGGGCUGAGCGUUUUCACCUUGUGA